UGAUCUCAAUUUGUUCAUCACUGCAAUCUCCAUUUUCUUUUCUUCACGUGUAUAAAUCUUGUUUGAAGUUUAUUGCAAUUCUCUUAGAAGUUCAUCCAUGGCUGAGGGCAAAAAAAUGUUGGCUAAUUAUGUGCCUGUCUAUGUCAUGCUCCCGUUGGGGAUAAUAUCAACUGAGAACGUACUCCUAGACAAAGAAGGCCUGAAACAGCAGCUGUUGAAGCUGAAAACGGCCGGCAUCGAUGGGGUAAUGUCUGACGUGUGGUGGGGAAUAGUGGAAUCGAAAGGACCGAAGCAAUACGAUUGGAGUGCAUACCGGAGCUUGGUGGAGCUAAUCAAAGAAUGUGGAAUGAAAAUGCAAGCUAUAAUGUCGUUCCAUCAAUGUGGUGGGAAUGUAGGAGAUGAAGUGACUAUCCCAAUCCCACAAUGGGUGCUUGAUAUCGGGGAAGAAAACCCUGAUAUCUUUUACACCGAUAGGGAAGGUAAUAGGAACAAGGAAUACCUCACUCUUGGUGUUGAUCAUCUCCCUCUUUUCCAUGGACGAACUGCUGUCCAGGUUUAUGGUGAUUACAUGAAGAGCUUCAAGGAGACAAUGGCAGAUCUUAUAGGAGAAGUGAUAAUUGAUAUAGAAGUGGGACUUGGUGCUGCAGGCGAGCUUAGAUACCCCUCUUAUCCUCAAAGCCUGGGAUGGGUUUUCCCUGGCAUUGGAGAAUUUCAGUGCUAUGACAAGUACCUAAAAGCAGCAUUCAAAGAGGCAGCUACAAAAGCAGGUCAUCCAGAAUGGGAAUUGCCAGACAAUGCUGGGACAUACAAUGACACACCUGAUUCAACAGAGUUUUUUGCAUCAAAUGGGACUUAUCUCACUGACAAAGGCAAAUUCUUCUUGACAUGGUAUUCCAACAAUUUAAUCACCCAUGGUGAUGAUAUCCUUGAUGAGGCCAACAAAGCUUUUCUAGGGUGCAAGGUCAAGUUAGCAGCAAAAGUAUCCGGGAUGCACUGGUGGUACAAUUCCCCGAGCCAUGCGGCCGAGCUGACGGCUGGUUAUUACAAUCUGUACGAUAGAGAUGGGUAUCGCCCCAUUGCUAGGAUGUUGUCGAGGCACGAUGCUAUACUGAAUUUCACGUGCCUUGAGAUGAGGGACUCGGAGCAAGAUGCUGCGGCUAAAAGUGCGCCUCAAGAACUUGUUCAACAGGUUUUAAGUGGAGCGUGGAGAGAGCAUAUUGAAGUUGCAGGCGAGAAUGCGUUGUCGAGGUACGACAGCUAUGCGUACAAUCAAAUUCUAUUGAACGCAAGGCCUAAUGGUAUAACAAACAAGGGGGUACCAAAGAUGCAUGGCUUCACCUACCUUCGUUCAUCUGAUGAUUUGUUCGAAGACACCAAUUUCGAGCUGUUCAAAAUUUUCGUGAAGAAGAUGCAUGCCGACCAAGAGUAUUGUUCAGACCCAGCAAAGUAUGGUAAAGAAUUGAAGCCAUUGAAACGUUCAAAGCCGAAGAUUCCGAUUGAAGACCUUCUUGAUGCAACCACACCAAUGAAGCCGUUACCAUGGGAUGAAGAAACAGACAUGAAAGUUGAUGGCUGAUAUAUAUAUACAUAUAUAUAUAUAUGGAAGAUCAAGUGCUUGGAUUAAUAAUAAAUUAAUGAAUAAAAGCUCAGGCUAUUAAGUGGAGAGGAAUAAUCAGCUUUGUUAUAUAUAUGGUGAUUGUAAUGGAGAAAAUCUAUAUGCAGUGUACUUGCACCUAAGUUAUAUUUGUGACAGCAAUAAUAAGGCAGUUGUUGUUCAAUUCAA